ACGCCCUCCAUUCGCAUCGAACACCAACGCUUUCACAGCCCACCCCGCUAUCCGCCAGCCGCAGCGCCAAUGGCCAUACCACGGACACACCAGGCUCCUCCACCGCCACUGCCUCCGCCUGCCUUUAUCCCACAUCUCGCCGCAGGCCAGCACGACCCAGGCUGGCAAUGGGGUAACGAUCCGAAUGGCUCAGACUUCGGACGGCCCGCGUCUGUGAAAGCUGGGAGCAGUCUGCUUGGUGGAGCAUGCCCUCCCUACUACUGCAAUGGAGGUGUUGACAGUCUGCGGCGAGGGAGCUCGGUUUCGACUGUGACGCUGACCCGCGACCACGACAUGGCCGAGGCGGGGAGUUUGACCCCAAGCGAUGAGGACGGCAGCUUGUCGAGGCCACCUUCCAACUACAGGUAUGUUGCAACAUUUCACCUUGAGCAACGCACGUUGGAAGCAUCUUCAAAUACGUACGACAAGCAGCUCUUGAGUCGCAUUGGAGGUCCCAGCAAUGGCCCACCAACGCCCAAGCGGACGUCUGUUUCAUCAUACACUGGAAGCCUGCAAGACACCGCACAGCUUGCACAGGCAGAGAGCGAGCGGCGAAGCAGUCAAUUGCGGCCACUUUCGAUGCCUGAGAGACGACAGGUAUUUAGUGGCUUCUGGUCAGAGCACGGUCCACCAGCACCGCACUCGCAAAGUCAGACACGGCACAGCAGUCUGACCUUUGAUGAUAGCAUCUCACAGCGAGGGAGCUAUGAUCAGUCCAUGUACGUCCACGAAGACUCCAUGGAAGACGGUCCCAUGAGCAAUCUCAACAUACAUGACCGACACGACCGGAGUCCUGGCUCUCACACAUCGGACGAAUACGCGAGAGCUGGAACCAAACGAAGAGCUUCUUCACCGCCACGCGAUCACGCACGGGACGAGCAGCGCUCAUCUGUCAGCAGCGCAUCAACAGGCUACAGUGAAAUCUGCCACCGGCGGUCGAUUCAGCAACUUCCACGGGGUUCGCCCGUGUCUCGAUUCCAUCCAAACCACUCUUCGCUCUCCUCAGCCUCGUCCUAUGUUCCGCGACAUGGAUCACUAGGAUCAUCACUUGGCGUGGCCAGCAUACCAAGCAGUGCCACAAGCUAUGGAUCAGGGCGGCUCUCUCCGGGCGCCUUGUCGCCUGCACCCGACCCUGAGGGUAGGAUAUGUGUGCCAUAUGGAAGCAACAAGGCGUUGAGCCCCAAUCCUGCCGUGGCUCAUCCUUCUCAUCAAAGAACAUUGUCGGAGAGCACUCAGGGCGGCCAGCAAAGAAGCCCUGUCGAGAGCGCUGUUCAUUCUCGAAAUGGCUCCGUUACUCACCUGCAAGGCACCUAUAUCUGCGAAUGCUGUCCGAAGAAGCCAAAGAAGUUUGAUACUGAGGAAGAGCUGAGACUACACGAGUCGGAGAAACAAUACACCUGCGCUUAUUGUCCAAAUCGCUUCAAAAACAAGAACGAGGCCGAACGACACCAGAACUCCCUCCACCUUCGAAGGCAUAGCUGGUCCUGCGCUGCACUUGCUGGCGUUGAAGCUGCAUAUCAUGCCUCCACAAACGGUAACGGUCGAGAUGUGUGUGGCUAUUGCGGCGACGAGUUUCCGAAUCCACCGCAGUGGGAUAUGCGUGCCGAGCAUCUCAACCAUGUCCACAAGUUUGGCGAAUGCAAUCAGGCUAAGAAGUUCUUUCGGGCCGAUCACUUUCGCCAACACCUAAAACACAGUCACCAAGGCACAUCGGGCAAAUGGACCAACGUGCUGGAGGUGGCGUGUAUGAAGGACGAGCCACUUCCUGAGAAACGCGUGGUGACCCAAGGCAGUCAAGCUCCCCUGCCAGCGCUGAUGGUCUCCACCUCUGGUCUUUCAAGCUCACAGCAUUCACAAUCA